CCCGCGCUCCGCCUGCCGCGCUCCGGGCUCGGAGGUCCGGACUCCGGGCUCGCCGCCUCCCGGGCCGGCUCCGCGCCCCACACCCCCGCGCCCUGCACCCCCGCGGGCGGAGCGCACCAUGCCGCAGCUGGACUCGGGCGGGGGCGGCGCGGGCGGCGGCGACGACCUCGGCGCGCCGGACGAGCUCCUGGCCUUCCAGGAUGAGGGCGAGGAGCCGGACGACAAGAGCCAGGACAGCGCCACGGGCCCCGAGCGCGACCUGGCUGAGCUCAAAUCGUCCCUCGUCAAUGAGUCCGAGGGCGCGGCCGGCGGCGCGGGGGUCCCGGGGGAGGGCGCCGGGGCCCGUGGCGAGGCCGAGGUCGGGGCCGAGGCUCUGGGGCGGGAACACACUUCGCAGAGACUUUUCCCCGACAAACUUACGGAGUCUCUGGAAGACGGCCUGAAGGCUCCGGAGUGCUCCAGCGGCAUGUACAAAGACACCGUCUACUCCGCCUUCAAUCUGCUCAUGCACUACCCACCCCCCUCGGGAGCAGGGCAACAUCCCCAGCCGCAGCCACCGCUGCACAACAAGGCCAGUCAGCCUUCCCAUGGCGUUCCCCAACUCUCUCCUCUCUAUGAACAUUUCAGCAGCCCACACCCCACACCAGCACCAGCCGACAUCAGCCAGAAGCAAGGAGUUCACAGGCCUCUGCAGACCCCUGACCUCUCUGGCUUCUACUCUCUGACCUCAGGCAGCAUGGGACAGCUCCCCCACACUGUGAGCUGGCCCAGUCCUCCUCUCUACCCCCUGUCCCCUUCCUGCGGAUAUAGACAGCACUUCCCUGCCCCCACCGCAGCCCCUGGCGCCCCCUACCCCAGGUUCACCCACCCAUCCCUGAUGUUAGGCUCUGGUGUACCUGGUCACCCCGCAGCCAUUCCCCACCCAGCCAUUGUGCCCCCUUCAGGGAAGCAGGAGCUGCAGCCCUAUGACCGCAGCCUGAAGACACAGGCAGAAUCCAAGGCAGAGAAGGAGGCCAAGAAGCCAACCAUCAAGAAGCCACUCAAUGCCUUCAUGCUGUACAUGAAGGAGAUGAGAGCCAAGGUCAUUGCAGAAUGCACGCUCAAGGAGAGCGCUGCCAUCAACCAAAUCUUGGGCCGCAGGUGGCACGCACUGUCGCGAGAAGAGCAGGCCAAAUAUUAUGAGCUGGCCCGCAAGGAGAGGCAGCUGCACAUGCAGCUAUACCCAGGCUGGUCGGCGCGGGACAACUAUGGGAAGAAGAAGAGGCGGUCAAGGGAGAAGCACCAAGAAUCCAACACAGGAGGAAAAAGAAAUGCAUUCGAACUGCUUGCUAGCCCUGCGGAGCCAGCACCUACAUCACCAGGUCUCUCGGCCACUCUCAGCCUCCCAGCACCUUGGGCCCCCUCAGGCCCCUCACAGCGACCUACAGAGCACAGAGGUACAGCAACAGGAGCCUCAGAGACAGGCAGCCUAGCGUGCACAGGACACACAGCCUCCUCCAGGGGUCCGCCCUCUGAGAGGAGACGGCAGAGCCCCAAAGCCCGUGUAAACCGGCCAGGGGCCCUGUUAGUUCCCUCUCAGGGUCCAGGCCCUGGAGAUUUCAGAGGCUGCACAACUUCUGCCUAAAACUGGGGCCAUCAAUUCAAACUGCUCCAAAUGGUGGGAAUCAGAUCUGUGUUGUGCUAUCUGAUAUGCCUAUGGCGGCCUGCAUCUAUUCUUCUCACAUCUGUCUUGCUAGCCAGAUGCCCCUGCUUCCCUUGCUUUUCUGCUAUAGGUCGUAGGUGGGCUGGACUGAGCCCAACUGCUUUCCCCACCCUGCCCCCCCCAACCCCACCACUGCCAAGCCCUCCCCAUACCAGAUACUUCAUGGACCAAGAAUGAGCUGGUUUAUCAAACAUGUGAGCAUGGUCACAACCACAAAGCUCAAGACAACAGAAGCCAUUUACAGAAAACCAGCUGCUAUCUCUAUGAUGGACCAGAGGAAACCUCUUGCCACAUUCUCAGGAGCUUGCAAGAAGAGAAGCAAAUGGAAUUGGUUAGCUUUAGGCCUGUCACCCUAGGCAACAAGAAUAACCUGACACUACCUUAUCAGGCAAGUAUGGGUAGUGGGGGUAUGCAGAUCUAGUUCAAAUUACUUGGAAAUGUUUCCUGAGAAACUCAAUCACUUAAGACUCCCUGAUACCAAAGGCCUCAGUCAUUACUGGCUGCAAUCAAAGGUUCAAGUAAGUCAUGGCUCAAAAUCCAGUGUGCAUCCCUCCCCCUUUUGAGAGCCUUUUUCACAGCUCCAAUUCCAGCUUAUCCAUGUCAGUCUAGGCAGCUCUCAGUUCUAAGACAGGGCAAACCAAACCUCAAGACAGCCAGUGCCUGUCUUCCAGCAUGAAACUAGGCCAGCUUCAGUUUCCCUAUGGGGCUGCAGGAAGGAGGACCAUUACAACCAAAGCAAGGCACCCAGAAAACCUCUCGUGGUGGACAGUGGGUUUUCACCACAGCCUACUUUAACCCACUUCUGAGCCAAGCUUCAAUUGAGCCUUAAAAAAAUUUUUUUUUAAUUUAAUUUAAGUUGUAUUUUUUUUUUUGCCUCCUCUUCACUGUACAUAGCCUGAAUCCAAAGAAAAAGGGCUGUUCCUGUACCCACACACUCCCCCUCAACAAAAGCCUUUAGUUCUUACUUUACCCACUGGCUUCUCAGAAUCCAAAGAUCUAUAUUCUAGUGUAGCGUUGCAAGAACUCUUGAGGAAAAAAUGACCAUCGUGGUAUUCAAACUAUUUUUGUAUUGGUAAUGCAUAUCAUAGAAAAACUUUUCUGACUUGAGAAUAAAGAUAAUUUUUACUGGGUUUCUUUUUUAAAGCUUGACCCUGAGGAAUAAGCUAUUUCAGUAACAGUAUGUAUGACAUUUUUCUUUUCCCUACAGCCACAAAACUUGGCGCUUAUUCUCUAUUAUGGUAAACAUGUUCUCAGGACUUUGAACCUACACAAGCCAGGGAUUACUCUUGCCAUCUCCCCUUAGAUAAGUCCUGCCACAACUGAGAGAGUGGGGCUCACACUAGGUAUAAGCUCCCAUUCCAAUCUCUGCUCUUAACCCUUCAAUCCUCUGACCUCACAUCUGACUGCAGGCGCAGGCCAGCCUGCCACCAUUGCUCUUAUGAGAAUGCGCUGGAAACUGCCACCCACAGCCCCUAAAAAAGUCCAGCCAGAAACAUGCACAUCACCACUGGGCUUCAUUUUCCUCUGAGGGCAGAGAGAAAAGACCGAACACUCCACAAGUACAUACCCUAUUUAGAGGAAAACAAGGACAAAGAGGACUCUUACUACUUUGUAUCAUCCAUCAUAAAAUCCAAAAGGGGUAUUUUAAUAGUACCCUUACCUCCCAAGACUACUAAAGUGCUUGAAGUAUUUCCUGAAGUAUUCAUAUUUUUAUACAAAACCUCUCAAGUUUGAAAAAACCUAUUUAACACAGUAACUUCCAUCAUGUUAAAGUAUAUUGUUAAUUUCUUGAGAACCAUCAUGAAUGUAAAAGGUGUCUGUCAUAAAGCCACCGCAAUAGGUCAGUCAACCAUUAGAAUACUGGGCAAGAAGUGUAUCCCAACAGCCAACCACUGGGCCACCAUCAUGCAUUGUAAUUUCUACUUCAUUGAGUUAUAUUUUUUGGAUUUUAUGUUUUAAAAUAUUUAUAAAUAAAGUCAUCUUCCAGAGAAGUGUCUAUUUAAAGUAGGCCACUGGAAGCUGUAAUCCCAGACUUGCUUUUUUUCUGGAAGGGUGCUAAAGGAGACCAGCCAUUCUCUCGGCAUCUGUCCCAUUUAAAGAAUUCCGCUCUGGCUACUGGCCUAGUUGUUUCAAAAAACUACAUUUUAACCAAGGCUUAUGCAAGACUGAGUUGCUCCAUCUGAUCUGGUGUCUUAUUUAGAGCACACUGGGUACAUGAACAAUGUAUUCUUUGUUUAUGUGAGGGUAAAGAGAGGGGUUUUGGCCACUUUGUUAAACUCAAACCAGCCUUAAAAAAAAUUUUUUUUCUUUUAAACUGACUUCAAAGAAGAAACUCAAAUCUUCCUAGAUCAGACCAGCACAUUCCUGUGGGAUCACGGGGUGAUCUGAGAGUGUAGCCCCAAAUUCAACUUCUAAUACCACAGCAGUCCCACCCAGGGAAGAACCAGCUCUGUCUUCUGAGAUAUCGUAGCACAAGUUACCCCAGCCUCCCUUACACAUUCCUGUACAACUGGCAGACUUGCUUGAAGUAUAGAACUUGACCCCUCUCCUGCUGCAGCUGCUACUUCUGCCCAUCCUGGGCUCAGGGGACAUGGUAAGGGCUCAGCCCAACAAGCUAGCAGGGCCUUCUCAAGUCUCCCAAUUGGAGAGUGUUUCCUCCUUUUACAGGAGGCCCUGUGGCUAGACUCUCUUCUAACUGUAUAACUACAUUUUGAAAGGCCCAGCUCUAUUCAGUGUACAAUAAAAGCCUGGCUAGGAAGGCCACAUGUGCGGCGAAGCAGAAUGGUUCUUUACAUUGUUCCAAAGAAAGGGAAUCAGCUCCCGCAUGCACUUCUAGAAACACAACAAGGCACAGAAGGGGCAAGGGUAACACAGACUGACCAGGCCUAUAUCUCAAAGUAUAGGAUUUGAGACUGAAACUAAUUCAUUAUACUAAAGAAGCUGAAAUGGCUUUUGUGAGGUUAGAAAGGCUGCUUUAGGAUGACUGUUUCUCAAGUCUCUAGAAUUUUAAGAGUUCACCAAGGGUCCUUGAAACAGAGCUGGCCACCCAAGCAGAACUUGGUUCCUAGGUUGUGUCAGCUUGACCAGUCCCAACUAUUCUAGUCACCUUCUGUUUCAGAUCUUAAAUCACCAUGGGCCUCUUUUUAAACUCAGGCUCCUGAAUUCUCUACUGAUCUACCUGUCCACGAUGGGCAGUGGGGGUUUGAGAGGAGCCAUAGCUAAAUGUACUCCAACAGCAGAGAGUUUUAAAACAGAGAAAAACAGAUGGGAAUGUACUCAUAGUCAGGUCCCUAAAAUAAAAGUCCAGCUUAGGUCAGGAAAGAUUUUGAAGUUGUUAAGAACAGUAUGGGAUUAGACAAAGAGUUAACUGGAAAGGGCAAAUUCUGUCCUAGGGGUACGGACUAUCCAGUCCCUAGCAGUCUUCAAGAGUUAGGUCACUAGCAACACAAGGUAAGGGUUAUUUCAGCAGCUAUGCAUUAUAAGGGAGAUACUUACUAGUUUAGGUUCACAUUUAAGUUCACCAGGGUCUCUGGACCAGGUCUUCCCUUUACAGGUGUUCUCACAUUCCUUUAUCUGAAUCUUGUUCCUGCAGGCAUGUGCAGUCAUGAGUAGGGGCAGUGGGGUGGGGGGUACUACGGAGGAGCAGGAAUUAGGUUCCAGUCUCUCUCUCUCUCUCUCUCACACACACACACACACACACACACACACACACACAAACAGCCACUCUGGAAACUCUUGAAUAUAGUUUUCUGAGUUUUCUUGUAUUCCUACCCCUCCUGUAAGCCCCCUAGGGCAAAAAUAUCUGCAAAGCAUUUGAAGGUAAGUUAGAGGUUGUGAAAUGACACACUGGCACACAAAGGACAAAUAUUAAUUUGCACCAUAAACAGAUGGGAAGUACUGAAGGUGAGAGCACGUUUAUGGAAUAGGCUUGUCCUCAGAGUGAAAGACAGUGGCACAAAGCAGGUUAAAUGCUCAGUAAAUAACUUCCUGAAAAUUUCAAGUUGAGCAGUCUCAGAAGGUCACGAGAACUAGAGACACGGAAGCAGAUAUUGUUGUGAGCAACUAUAUUCCUCCCACAAAAUGCCUCUCACUCUCAGUAUUGGCACACACGCCAGAUUAGCUAACAAUGCAAAAUACUGCAAGGCAGCAAGUAUUUUAUCCAUGAAUUAACAAUUAUCGCUCAAUUAUCGCUCAAACGGAAGUCCCACAUUGGAAACCCUUCAAAGAGUCCUUUCACCAACACCUUUAUGCCACCAACGAUGCUCAGAUCCACUGACAGCUCAACAGGAAGGAUUGCAUUCAGUCUACCUUGCUUAGGUAUCCAUAUGGCUCAAUCCUGGGCCAAGGGACAUGUUCUAAACGUCUUAACAUCAUUCUUCAUCUUAAUAUACACAUCCAGUUCUUACUCUCCCUGCCUCUUUGGAGGUAGUGAUUUUUACCAACAGUAAAUAAGAAAAAGGCAUCAAGAUUCUAAGUGUAAAACCCCCAAUAUUCAGAAUACUUUUGUCCAGUACUAUUAAAAAAAUGUUUUAGUUCAAAGAUUCAAGGAGGGAGGGUAUAGCUCAGUAGUAGAGUGUGUGCUUAGUAUGCACGAGGUCCUGGGUUCAAUCCCCGAUAACUCCGUUUUAAUAAUAAUAAUAAUAAUAAUAAUAAUAACAACAACAACAACAAAAACGAUUCAAGAACUGUACUGCCUGACAUGAGUCUAAUGAAUACUCUUCCUAGAGCAUUACCAAAAUUCUUUCACCAAUCUAACCCUAAAUUCUCUUUCCAGACUACAUCCUCUAGCAGGCCUACCGACACCCAACCUCUGCUGCUAGUUCCAGCCUGAACACUGCUUUCUCGUUUACCCUGGCAUCCCUCUACCCCAACCAAAUCCAACUUGACUUUUGAAAUCAAGUUAGUUUCUCAGCCUUGUAGCCCUCAUUUGCUCAUUUAUCUUGUUCUGUCCCAGAACAUUUUUAUUGAAGUUAUUCAUUUAUUUAUGCUUUGCCUCCUUAGUUAUGCCAAAAGCUCCCAAGAGGGCAACUAUAUCUUAUACUUCCCACAAAGCCAGGAGCUAUACUUCAGGGAUUCAACCAUUUCAUGUGCUUACCCUUUACUUCCAAUCUUCUCCCUUAUUCUCUUCUAGUUUUCAUACAAAUCCAGGUAGUUGAAGAUUAUCAUAUUUUUAAAGCGCAAACAACUUGUAGGGAGAACACUUACUUGGUACCUUCCCACUUGGGUAAGAUGUACACUGAGCUUUAGAAAAAGAAAAAUCACAAAGGUCUUCAAAUGGAACUGGUGAUGAGCAAAAGUUAAAUAAGUCUUGAAAGCUGAGAUUCUGACGGAACAUGUAUAAGGUAAAGGGCGUUCAGAUUAAGAGGUCUGCUGCUUUCUCAGUUUUCUCUCUCACCUUGUGGAAGCCACUUCCUUUCCCUGUUCAAACUGCCCUACUAAGAGCCUAGGCAACCUGUCUAAUUUUUUAAUUUAUCUUGGAUCAGAAAACAGAUUACAGGAUUCGCCAAUUUUUAAGUAAACUGAAAGAUCAUGUGAUUUGGAGUAUCUGCCUGCCCUGAUUCAUGUGCCCAUCGUGACUCACUGCUACUCUCCUUCUACUGCUAGCAUUACCAUGACAUAUGUUACAGGGCUGCAGUCCUAGUUACAUACAGAUUUGCUCAAUUAAUUCCAGCAGCCGGUGUGUUCAAGCAGUUGUAGAAUAAACAAAUCACAGCUAUAAUGCCACUAAGGGAUCUGUAACUUAAAGGAAUGCCUCUGAAAAUCUUUGGGAAAAUGCAAUACCUACUUUGUAUUUUAAAGGCAGAUUUAUGAAGGGGAGCUAAUAAAAUGUAACAGCACUUCAAAAGAGGUAACUUGCUUCUACAAUGUAAGAAUUAUUAGAGUUUGUCUGAGGGGACAUACCCCUAGACCAUGACAACAUGAAGGAGAAAGUAACAAGGUAACAUUCAGAAAGGGUUUGGUUUACUUUUGAUAUCAAGUGACCCAGAAAAUCAAUGAAAAACUGAGAAGCCAAAGGACUGUCACAGAGGAGUCUUCAUCACCAACAGCACCACAUGACAGAUGGCUACUAUUUCCGACUUACCCAAGACCAGAUAAGCACUAAGAGGCAGAGGCAGGAUUCCAGCCUCACAAUAUGGCUUCAUGCUACAGUAUGAACUUAGAAUAACUGGGAAGUAAGAGGCUAGACAGGAGUGAGUGUAUCUCUAAAGACAGGUUUGGCUACUACGGAUAAAAACUUGUAAAAAAAAUUAAAAAAAAAAAGGUAAAGUCUAGGGCCAAAGUCUACAGAAAGUCAGGAAAGGAACAAAAUUUAAACUACUAUAUUGUCUGUCCAUUCAAUACUACAUAUUCAGAAAGACUCCAGUAUCCUUUAAAUAUGUUAGUUAGUCCUAUAAUUCUAACAAUUCUUGGGUGUCAUAGGAUUGAGAGAGAGUUAACAGUAAUAGGCUCCUGCUUCCCUGAAGCUGAUACUUUCAUUUUAAAUUAAAUAGAGCACAUGCUAGUAAUCCUGGACUUUCAGUAAAGAUUUGUUUGUUAUGAUAUUGCUAGGGAUACACUUAGUUAGGGUAGUUAAGCUCUUUGCAAGAGUUGACUAGUAUAGCAAGAAACAGCAGAAAUGAGAGACCCUAGCUAGAACUGAACUCUGCUACCUUCCCCACUAAAACCAGGACAAGUGGAAAAGCAAGCUUACUUCUUGAGUAAAGGGAAUCAGGGACCCAAAAGUAGCCUAAGGGGUUGGAAAUCCUUUUCUGUAAAGGGCCAGAGAGUAAAUACUUUAGGCUUUUUGGUCUAAUACAGUCUCUCUGUGUGUAUAUUUUUUUUUAACAAUCCUUUAAAAAUGUAAAAACCAUUUUUAACUCACAGACUGCAAAAACAGGUUGUGGGCUGGAUUUUACCCAUACACAGGGUAUAGUAUGCUUUCUCUGGUUCAAACAAAUGGUGAUUCAUGUGAGACAGCAUAUGGGAUUUUAUUAAAAAGGUAAAUUUGGGACAAUGGGUGAAAUGAAAGCAAACUAACUGUCAAGUAAUAAUCUAAGCAAGAACAGCGCACAAUAAACAUGAAGAUAGCACAUUAAGACUACAUGUGAAUACAGGUGAUUCUAACUGGGAAAGGAAGAAAAGAGGAGCCCGAGGAGGAAAGAAAAAAAAAAUUAACAUUUCGUGAGCUAUCUCAAGCCAUCAAGAAAACUUCAUUCUACUGUAGGGAAGAGGCAGAAACCACAGCAGUGCAGUUUGGUGUGCCUGAGUACACCAGUUAUGAAAUGAAGCAGUGGUUCCAGUGAACCAUUAUCAAUGACAGUUAGAAGAGACAGAGUCUCUCAGAACCUUAUUAUUAAGUCAGCAGCCUCUAGUGAGCUAGGCUGUGAAUUGCCUGCAAGACUUUUCCAGCUAACCAACCAUAUAUAAAUUUAACUCUUUUAAGUAAAGAGACACAUUUAAGUACACAAAAACAAACCAUUUACUACCUACUAUGUAACUUACUUUUUAUUGAAAGUAUCUUGCAUUCAUGACGGAUGCUUUCUGCAUUUUGCCACACAUUUUAAUGUUAAAAGUUAAAUUACUUUUUACAUGCAAGUAGUGUGAACAGUUUUCCCCACGUAGGAUCACUGAUUAUAAAAAGAUGACACACCACAUAGGUUAAGUGUCUUUCUUAAUUGAAAAGCUAACAAACUGUCUAGUUAUAUUUCCCCUAAAUCACAAACUGAGUAGUAACUGAGUCUCUAGCCAACAUAUUCAAAGCUGAGAAGAUUAAAAAUGCAAAAACGAGUCCUCAGAUCCAAUUAAGGAAGCCUUGCUACAUACAGGCUAAUCAGUAUUAGUGGUACUUCUUGACUCCAGGAAGCUGGAAGACAUCCUAAUAACCCCACUCAGAACAUUUACCUCAAGUAGCAUUUUUCCAGUUUCCAACAUACGAAUAAUGAUAAUAAGUUGUUAAUUCUAUUUCAGAAAACUUUUUGCAAGUUGUUUUAUUUACAAUGCCAACUUUUAAGUCACUAAAGUUAACUGGACAAUAAACUAGGCAGAAAUCGCUUUACAAAAAGAGGGAAAGCCCAAAAUGCCACUUUCUAUAGAGAACCCACAGUUCAAUUUUAUUCAGAGCAAAGAAAAAACACUUUUGAUCAUACUAGAAGAAAUUCAGCCAUACAUUUGGAAUCUGUACUCAAACUACACAUGCAAUGAGGACAAUAUUCUGCUGAAACAAUUGAUUUGCUGCUGCAUUUGUCUACUGUUUUUCUACUAUUAACAAUUAUAAACAGAGCAGUGCAACUAGUAUUUGGAACAAUCCUUACAGUGUUACAGCAUCAGGCACAAAAUUUCACUUCUCCUCACACCACUGGUUCUCUUUGCGUACCUAGAAGAGACAGAUAUAAGGAAGUGCCUUAAAUUAAAUAGUCUUUCCUAACACUACCACCUGAUGAUUCAUCAAUAGCCUGCGAAGUGGAUCAGAAACAGACAGAUGGAAACCAGAAAAAUCAGAUUAGGAAUACACUUCCAGGUCACCAUUCUUUGCUUCCCCAGGUUUUAUUGUGCCCUGCUGACAUUAUCAAAAAAGUCAAAGGCAAUGAGCAAUUACAGCUUUGGUCACCAGAACUGACCUGCAUCAACAAAAUCAUUCUCCUCUAGUCAUUCAUUUCUCCCCCAUUCACUAAGCUGCUCUGAAGUAAACUGACAUACAGUCAUUCAUAGGGCCUCCAUUUGUGAAGUCAAAUAUUUAUGGCUUACAUUUAAGGUCCAGGUGCCACAACUAGUAACUGCUAAGGAAUAAAUAUCAAACAGCAUCUCUGGCUGAAAACUAAUCGUUCUUAUGUUUAUAAAAGAGCAAUAUCAUCUAAGCGUUUAGACUAAGAGACAAAGUAGAAUAUUUUUAGCCCACAGAAGGUACCUAUUAUCCCUCAAGUAAGGUCAUGAUUCCUUGAUAUAGAUAACUCUUUUCCUAGCAUGUUAUUAUUUAGUCUCUCUUAAACAGCAUUUGAUCAAGAACAAGCUGUGAGCACCUACCUGGGCUUCCUCUUCUUCAGUAAAAUCAUUUUUGAUAUUGAAGGUCUUCCGUAUCUCCUCAGGAGUUUUCCCCUUGAUCAUAUUGGCAACAGUCUUGCAUGUAACAUCAAGCAAACCUUUGAUGUCUAAGUAGUUUGCAGC